AUGGCGGCAGGUUCGCCAAAAAACAAGAAGCUCAGGCUUCAAAACAAGUAUGACAGUUCCCCAGAAUGGGAAACUGUCUUCAAUUUAGCAUCAACUCAAUCAGUUUAUCCAGCGUUUGCUAUUCUGCAGCUUGGUCCGGACUGUAAUGCGAAUACGAGUGCAUUCUUUACAGAUGCCAGGUGUGACUUCAGAAAGGUGGGUCCAACAGGGAGCACUUCUCUCUAUAUGAUCGACUUCUAUGAUGUCUUCACAAAAGGCUUCGAUCUAUUGUUAGAUCUAAAAGGUCAAUCACGGGAACUUAAUGAGGACAAGCAGAGAGCGGUUGACAUACUUGAUGAUUAUUUUAAAGAGAAAGAAAGUCAUGAACAAAGCCUUAGUAAUGUUUUAGGAGGAUAUGAGUCGACAGAGGAGAGGAGUCAGGAAAUGGAUGAAUUAACCAUUGCUCUGGCUGAACACUUAUUGAGGAGACUAGCACCAGGACAGUCUUGUGUAAUUAACAAGCAAUUAAAAGUGAAAGUAGAGGAAGAGAAAUGUCAGUGUGGAUUGGAUCAUUGUAACAGCACACCUGUGUUUGAGAGCACAGGAAUAGGAGAUGAAGCAGCAUGGCAUGGUUUUCCUGAUAUUAUGUGCUCGUCACAAUCAGUAGCUGUUGUAUCUGGAUAUGAAUCACAUGUUGAUGAAAAAGAAGAUUUCUCGGAAGAAGAAAAGACAUUUUGUAAAACGAGAGUAAACAGCAGUCGAGGAGCUGAAAAUCAAGUCAUUUCCCAGACCAUUGUUUUUUCAUUCAUCCAGAGGAAACUUUAUCCACAUUUACAAAACUUUCUGAUACCAAACCUGUUGAUUUCCCCGUAUCAUUACAGGAUUUUGAUGUAUGACUCUCUCAAUGAUAUUCUAAUCUGUAGUGUGAAACUCCCAAUCUUCCACGACAAGGAUAAACCCAGAAGACUGAACAUUGCAUCUGUGGUUUUCUUGUGGAUGGUUUUGCACUACAGAUUAUUUUGUGUUGGAAUUAAUGUGAAAGAAAUACUGGAAAAUGGAUCUAUAAAAGACAUCAGAGAAAUUCAGUCAAAGUUUCCAGACAGGGCUGGAGAAAAAUUACCUCUGUAUGAAGACUGUUCUAGAAUUGGUAUCUCUAAGUUUCCUCCUGUUUUUGAGGAAGAUCUUCCCUCUUUUGACAAUUUUCUGUAUGGUAAAAGAUUGUUUAAGUCUCGAAGAUUAUUACAUGCUUUGAAUAACAAACAAAGCUAAAGUAUGUACAAUGUGUAUUGUUUUGUUUUUUUGUUUUUUUUCCAUUAGAUAAAAUCAAAACUUAACUGUAAGAAUAUUGAGCAUGUUGAAGAAGU